AUGGCUGAUGCAAAUUUAUUACUUGUCACAGCUCCUGGGACCCCUGAAUUCGCCAACCUUAUCAUCAAUCUGCAAAAGGAUUCCAGUUUCCUCAUUGGUUCAGAAUGGAUUUGGCUUUUUGUCCAUUUCGUUCUCUCUGUGUUCUUAGCAAUUGCCACAAUCCUUGCAUCAGCCAUAACACACGGCGGAAAGAAAAUAGCCUUCAGGAAUUUGCUAUCACGGGCAGUGAGGUCAUGGAAAAGGCCAUUCGUUACUUCUCUUUAUACAUCUAUUUUUGGUAUUGGUUACUUUGUUCUUCUGUUGGCAAUUCUGCUUCCUCUAGUGCUAAUCAUCCAACCUCCAGCUCCUUCAUCUUUCACCGCCAUUGCGCUCGCGGUUCUGGCAUCAGUUUUAUAUAUUUACAUAGCAGUGUUCUGCAUCUUAGCACUCGUUAUUUCUGUUCUCGAAGAAAUGAGUGGAUUUGAGGCAGUUGGGAAGGCAGCACAGAUUUUAAAGGGCAUGAAGAUACAAGGGCUUCUUCUAUACCUUCUUCCAUUGUUGGUUUCUGCUUUGGUACAAGGAAUAAAUUACAUUCCUCUUCAAAAGUCGGUAGCAACUCGAAUAAUAAUUGGGUUGCUCGUCAUAAUUCCUAACCGCCUAGCGGGGAUGUAUUUCUUGAUGACAUAUACCAUCUUCUACUACAGAUGCAAGAAGUCCCAUGGAGAAGAGGUUGAAUUUCCAGGGAUUGAAGAUCAGUAUGCCAUUAUACCCACUGCAUCAGUUAUCAGUGACAAUAUUGUGUAA